AUGGCGGCUUCGGGCACAUUUCUGGCAGACUCGCCUUCCAUUGAGCAUCUGCAUGACAACGAUAGUGAACAAGAUGAUGUCGAGGACCCCCAUGACCUGUCUUUCUCCUCCAGCCACAUCCUCCGCGCCUCUAUGGUGGACAACCUGGUCUUGUCGCUAGAUCAGUUCUCGAGCAACGUCUUUGACGAGACACCAUCCACUCCUCGCAAUAACAGCUAUGAUACUGGCACGAGGCUGCGGGGAAGGGGGCACACAUUCUCCUCUUCGGUUUCCUCGGAGGCAGACUUGCAUGACAUGAGAGCUGCACUACGGUUUCCAGAUACUGUACCUCGCAUCCCAGGGCGAAACAACCUGAGGCAUCAAAAGAAUCUACAACGACUGCCGAGUAUUUUUGGCGAGGACGAGGACUCGGUUCGCUCAAAGGCAUACGGUUCCCAGCGUGCGGCUCAGCCCAGCCAUCAGAGACGAAAGCAUAAUACAUCCAGAGGCGGCAAAAGCCCGGGCAGCAGUGCAUCGUCGAGUAUUGAUCUGGGCCACCUGACCAGUCUAUCAGGUCGGUUGGGAGGAGCAGGGGACAGGCGUUCUCGAAGUUUUGAUUUGGGCUCCGGACAACGAAAUGUCCGUUCCGCCAAAAUCGCUAUGGCUGCUGGAGGCGCACCGAUGCCUAUCAUCUCUCAAGGGCCAGAGGCACAGAGCUCGACGCCGCCGAAUACUUCUGCUUCACCUCUCGUACGGAAAAAUAGCACAAAAUCCUCCAAAAGCGCCCAUGCGAAGAAAGGACGGCCAGGAGCCUUGGGAAACAAUACCACGAGGCCGAACAGUGAUUCUGUGCCGCAGUUACCUUCGAUGCGAAGUGUUCCUGCUUUUGCCAAUGGCGGGCACGAGCAGAAGGUCACGUUUCAGAGCACACCCUCUGUCCCACGGCCUGGUUUCUUCCGGCGUGUUUUCGGCUCGGCCAGAAAUGUGCCCACUGCCAAUGCUGAUGCUCACACACUGAAUGCCCUCAAACAACAACAGGGUCGAUCGACCCCAAUUCAGGACGAGACGCCGCAGCCGUUCACGCCGCCGGCUAAGGGUCAAAGACCAGUUCCUCGUUCCUCCCAUGAUGCAUCUGCCAACAAGGAAAAUCAACCUGUGGUGACUAAGAAGACUUCCACUUUCUUUCGUCGCAGGAAGAGAUCUAUGUCGACCAACAUUCCUCCUCCUCUCCCGCUGACUCUCACUUCUGAGCUCAAGUCGGAGUCUGCUCCCGUUGGCGAGACGAGUCCGGUCAGUAGUCUCAGAGCCUUCAUGGAUCCAUACCUGGUCGGGACCCCAGUAUCCUCCACAGGUCAUGUCAGGACCAACUCGAUGCAAGGCUUCUAUACUCCAACCCUCCCUCCUCCUGCUUUUGGCUUGAUGAAAGAAGCGUCCAACCGGCCGCAACUUGCAGCGCACGCUCGCAAUGAGUCGCACGGAAGCAACAGAACCUUGAAAUCCAACGGCAAUCCAAAAUCAACCCUCCUUAUCUCUCACCAAGAUUCUUUCUUGGCAGAUAGUAGCAGCACCGAUGAGCCUUCGAGACCCUCUGCUCUCGACGAAAACCAACACUUUGAUAGUGACCAAACCGACUUGUUUGGUCAAAGUGUCAAUGACCCGCGCAAUCGCACUAUUGCGUUCAGCACCUUAGCAAGCCCGUCUACCGAUCCGUACAAGUCAACGACAAGAAGACCGUCUUGGAAGUCUGACAAAGUUUCGCCCAUCCCUCACCUUGCCUCAAAUCCACCAUCUGCCGCCACGCCUACGGACACUCUGCGUAAAUCCAACCACAAUGCGAGCCGACUGAAACAGUUGGAGGCAGGGCACAACGACUCCAAGGGCUCACCAUAUGCUUCUACAUCCGACGUCAGCGAGUAUCGGUCUGCACCCACAACUCCUCUGGUGACUGAGCCGCCAGCCCGCGGCGAGGUUGCGUCGGCAUCUUCCCAUGCUCCACGGCCAGAUCAGCUACAGGUGGUCACAGACCCUUACAAGCUAAGGGCCCAGAAGAUCUUCGACAAUGCAGAUGACGAAAUUGAUUCCACAAGUGCGGCAGCAUGGCUAGGAGAAACUGGACCUGAGCGCGAGCAUGUGCGAAAAGCGUACAUGGAGCUCUUCGACUGGUCCGAUCAGAAUCUCUUAGAUGCCUUCCGAGGCCUCUGCGAGCGCAUCGCCCUCAAAGGAGAAACUCAGCAGAUGGACCGAGUGGUGGACGCGUUCGCACAGAGAUGGUGCGAGUGCAACACCUCACACAUGUUCAGAUCGAGUGAUGUCGUGCAUACAAUAUGCUAUUCUAUUCUACUCCUAAACACGGAUCUGCAUAUGGCCGAUAUUGGCCAGAAGAUGACCAAGGCUCAGUUUGUCCGAAAUACGCUUCCGACCAUCAAAGUGGUGGCUCAGGGGGGAGAGGCCGAUAGGACUCUGCGCGGCCAUGCCAUCCCUCCUGGUCCGAGCCGAUUGUCGGGAGAUGAUUCAGGCGCAAAUGAUGCUGAACGGCAAGGUUCAGAGUCGGGCCUCUACACCAUUGAGUCGUCAGCAGAAGGUGGAUCGGGCAGGACUUGGGAAAUGCAGAUGGACUCGGUACUCAGAUCCUUCUACCAAUCCAUCGGUCAGGAACCGUUACCCUUGUCUGGCUUUCAGAGCGACACACUCGGGCCAUUCAGCCAGUCCAACAACUUCUUGACCGUUGGCUCGAACAUGCUACGCCGGAGUCCCAGCGUGCUCAGCAAAGCUCACUCCGAGUCCCACCGCGGCCGACUUGUCGGAGAAAGCCGGUCACUAGGCGCCCGAUGGAUGACGAAAGCGAGGUCGAGGCCCCGCCUGCCGUCCGCACAAGGCUUUGGCUCUAGUAGAACCAGCAUAGACGAGCAGUCAACAUGGAGCCCUUCCAUGUCCAGCACAUGGAGUAGAGCUUCGUUGGGAAAGACCCUGACAUCGGUAUCGGUCGACUCCUUUGGCACAGAGGCGACUCACGCAGACUAUCAAUCUUCGAUCGGCUUCGCCAAUGCUCUCAGUCAAGCCAUCAUUCGCGAGGACCAAUUGGACUUUUCCAUUGACGACGGAUCCAAGGCCGGUUCGCUGCUUGAGGAUGAAUCGCUUGAGCUGUGUGGUGCGCCUUGGGCAAAGGAAGGGAUUGUCAAACAUAAAUGUCACCUCGAAGGUGUGGACAAAAGAUCCAAAGACCGAAAUUGGAGUGACUGCUUUGCGGUGGUUGAAAGAGGAUGGAUCCGAUUGUUUUCAUUCUCUUCGCCUGCGAAGUCGACGAGACACAAAACACGGGCUCCUCGAGCCGGAGAUGUUGUUGGUGGCGGUAACUGGCAGGACAACGCCGAAGAAGUGUGGAAGUGCAUGUUGCGACACACGAUUGCAAGCUCAUUGCCUCCUCCCGGCUACUCGAAAGCACGACCGUAUGUCUGGGCUUUGAGUCUUCCCACUGGGGCUGUGCACCUCUUUUCCGUGGGAACCCCGGACAUUGUCAAGGAGUUCGUAUCCAGCGCCAACUUUUGGAGCGCCCGGCUUUCGAAAGAGCCGAUGAUGGGCGGCGUUAGCAACAUGGAAUAUGGCUGGAGCGAGGCGGUCAUCAACCGAGCACUGAUUGCGGUUGAGUCUCAAGGCGCAAUCAACAGCUCCCUCAGUCCGCGUCCAAGCACCCAGAUGUCCAUGCGGAGUUCUUUCGAGCACGUUGGUGGUGGUCGGGCCAAGCUGGCGGGAGAUCGAGCACAUAUCAAUGACUGGGCUCCUCCCCAACAGUCCAUGUUUGCCUCCCAAUUGAUGGAGGUGGACCAAUUGAUGGCGUUACAAACGUACGUCAACAAUGUGGAGGACGAGUUGCAAAAGCACAAUGAGCUCCGGGGACCAAUGCUACUGGCAUUCUCGGCGAAACAUCCCAACUCGACCAAAGCAAUGCACAAUUGGGAGAAGAAGAGCAGUUACCUUCUUCGGGAGAUCGUCAAGUUUCGCACAUACAUUGACGCACUCCAGAGCGCCCAGGCGACGAAGGAACGCAUAUACAAGAUGAGAAGGGAAGAAGACGAGGCUCGAAGGGCCGAAAUGGAUACACGGGUGUUGAAUGCUCAGCCUGUGACGGCGUGA